AUGCUCUCUGCUAACUACAUCCAAAAAGGCCACCUUUUUGCCAAUCUUCCUGCCAACCCUCUCCAUUGACAACAUUAUCCUCAACCUCAAAACCUCCCUCUCUGUCGCCCUCCACCACUUCUAUCCUGUGGCCGGCCGUUUUGCCACCCAACAUGAACUUGACAGCGCUGGUAAGGUGAUUGGCAUGUCUGUCUUCAUUGAUUGCAACAAUGAAGGAGUCGAAUUUGUUCAUGCCGAGGCUAAGUCGAUCUCAGUGGGGGAUGUUCUUGCAGCAUCCUCUGAUGUCCCUGAUUUUAUCAAAUCUUUUUUCCAGCUUGAUGGUGCUAGUAACUAUGAUGGUCAUUCUUUUCCUCUGCUAGCUGUUCAGCUAACAGUAUUAGCUGAUGGCAUCUUCCUCGCUUACUCUUUUAACCAUGCGGCUUCAGAUGGCACUUCUUUCUGGCAUUUCAUGAACACAUGGGCGGAGAUCUCCCGCACAAAAACUACUGUUCCGUCUAGACCUCCCGUUCAUGAUCGAUAUUUCAUGGAUGGAGUUAAGCCUCCAUUGAAACUUCCCUUUUCUCACGAGUCUGAGUUCCUUGACAGGCACUCUCCUCCUCCUCUCCGAGAGAAAAUGUUUCACUUCUCCUCAGAAGCCAUAGCAAAACUGAAAGCAAAAGCCAACCAAGAGAGUGGGACAAACAAUAUAUCUUCGUACCAGUCCAUCAGCGCACUGAUAUGGCGAUGCAUCAGUCGCGCCCGCGGACUCCCGGAGGAUAAACUGACCACCUGCCGUGUGUCCAUUCAGAACCGUGCGAAGCUGCAACCAUCUCUAUCUCCAAACUACUUCGGCAACUCCAUCAACACGCUCUGCAUGACAGCGACAGCAGGGGAGCUUCUUAGGAACGGGAUUGGGUGGGCGGCGUGGAGGAUCCAUGAAGCAGUGGUGGCACACAGGGAUGAUGCCAUUCGUGGGACUGUGAGAAACUGGAUGGAGGCUCCAGUGUUUUAUAAGUUGAGCUUGGUUGAUGAGUCCACAGUGGCGAUCUCGAGUUCACCGAGGUUUGAUAUGUAUGGGUGUGAGUUUGGAUGGGGCAAGGCUGUGGCGCUGAGGAGCGGGAGUGCUAAUAAGGUUGAUGGGAAGGUGAUGCACUACCCUGGUUGGGAAGGAGGUGGUAGUGUUGACUUGGAGGUUUGCCUUCUUCCAAAGUUCAUGACUGCCCUUGAAUCUGAUCCGGAGUUCAAGGAAGUCGUUUCCCCUGCCGUGCCUCUGCAAGUUCAUUUGCCCUAGGAUGUCUAAUUAUUGUGAAAGUUUAGUAUUUGAAUGGAUAAUUUAAAUGUU